AUGACUGCGCCAAGCCCCGUGAAGACCAUCUGCGUAUUUUGCGGCCUGUCGUUCGGGAAAGAUAAGGUGUUUGCUGAAAGCGCCUCCAAGUUGGGCGAGCUUUUGGCUGCCAAAAACUGGGGCCUUGUGUACGGAGGCGGAUCCACUGGACUCAUGGGCGCCGUUGCACGUGGCUGUGCCACCAACGGAGGAUAUGUCCAUGGCAUAAUCCCCGAGGCCUUGAUAUCCAGGGAACGGACCACCGAGGACGCAUUGAACAAGAAGUUAAUGGAGGGCAUUGACAACCACGACGGGUCGACGCCCAUUCCGGACUCUGCUGAGUACGGAAAGACCACUUUGGUCAAUGACAUGCACACCAGGAAAAGAUUGAUGGGCGAGGAAGCGCACGCAUUCGUGGCGUUGCCCGGCGGAUACGGGACUAUGGAGGAGUUGUUGGAGGUGGUCACGUGGCACCAGCUCAACAUCCACGGCAAGCCCAUUGUGGUGUACAACAUCGACGGGUUUUUCGACAACUUUUUGAAGUUCAUUGCCGACUCCGUUGCCGCGGAGUUCGUCAGCAAGAAGAACUGGGAAAUCAUCAAUGUUGCCACCACGGCCGACGAGGUGUUGCAGAUCAUCGAGAACUACGAGACGCCCGAGGGCAGAUUCAACUUGAAGUGGGAGACGACCUAG